UGUUCUGUUUCUGAAGAAUCUUUGACAAUGUGGAAGGAGAUUAUUACACAGAAUUCAGGAAUAGUGUCUGAUGUUUACUGUGAUAAAGUUACAUAUUUUUUGUGUCCUCAUCAUCAUGGACUUUAUUACAAACAGGCUCUUUCUGAAGGAAAACGAAUAGUCACGUGUCAUUGGUUGAAUGAUGUAAUUCAAGGGCAGAAACUCAUUCGUCCAAAAUAUCCAAUUCAUUUACCUGUUCCAUUUAAAGAUAAGGUUCAACGAUGUCGAAGUAUGAUCAUUUCUCUCACUGGAUUUCAAGGCAUUGAACGAGAGAAACUGAAAGAUAUGGUUGAUCUUGUUGGUGCUAAGUAUUGUGGAUACUUAAGUCGAUCUGUCACACAUCUUAUAUGUAAAACUGACAAAUCUUUGAAAUAUGAACGUGCUAAGGAUUGGGGCAUAAUUUGCACAAACGCUGCUUGGCUCUGUGAUAUUGUUGCUGGAUUUCACCCAAUUACUUUUGUGCUGUAUCUUUGCGAAUAUAUUUCUGCUUAUUCGCCGCAAAAAUAA